CCUGGGUUCAUCAGUUCCUGCCUGGACUGGUGCAGUAGCUUUCAGCCCACCUGCAACCUGAGGGAUCUUUGUGAAAUGUGUAUCCCCCAUCCUCAGCCUCCUGCUUCAAAUCUCUGUUGGCCCCCGUGGCCUCAGAGUGAAAGCUCACACUUGAAAACUGGCAUUCCGAGUCCUUCCCAGUCCUGCCCCAGGCUGCAUCUCCCAACGUGUCUCCUGAUGCCCCCGGAGCUCCUCGCUGCAGCGACACCAGGCUUCUCGCAACCUGGCACGUAUUAGGCAUCUUCAUGCCUCCAUGCUUGUGUGCACACUGCUCUGUUGCUGGGGUGCUCUUACCCCACUUGUAAUUCACAUAUCCUCCGUGACGUGCGUCUACAGAAUGAGUUCAGCAUACCCAUUCUGCAGGAAUCCCAGACUCUAGCUGUUUCCCACCCUGGAACACUUCCCCGGCAUCAGGAGACCUGGCUAUAUUCUGCCAGGGAGUUUUCUGACUCUCUCUGUGUGCCUGGAGCCCAGAGGGAUAAUGAGGAUGUUUAGGGAAGUAAGUAAGUGGGAGAGGAAGUCCAAAGUCUGCCUGAAUUCCUCGGUGAUAAGGACUAGAGGGAGCUGCCCUGGCCCGGUCCCUCAAAGGGCAAUGGUUGGCCAGAGGGCCCAAGGCCAGGCUGCGGAGAAGGGUUGAUGCAGUCCAGACCAGUGGUCAGAGACCGAGGUCCCAUCUGGGAACGUGUGUUUGCCGGGUGACAUCCGGUCCCUCCAUCUCCUCUACCCUUCUGCAGAUAGGACUCAGCACUAAACUAAACUGUGGCAAAGACAGAGCUCAUCUUCCAGACCACACCCACUUUUUCAUAAGCCCCACAGGCUCCUGCACCCACCCCUCCUUUCUCUCCAAACUGCCGCUGAGGAAGGGCGCUGUGGCCGUGCUGUCGGGGAGCAGAGUUGGCUGGAGAAGUUGGCCCAGCACCCUUCUAUCCUCAGAGAGUCGCAAGCAGACGCUGGCAGAAACCCUUGGCGCCCAUGGUGAUCAGGAAACAAAUAUUUAUUGGCAAACUACGUGGCCAUAGUCCUGGCUUAAGAGGGCCCAGAAAGUGAGGGUGCCCAUUGUCCUGUCCUCAGAAAGCAAAGCUGAACGCUUUUGUUUACAGCAACCGGCAGAAAACGCAGCUGAUCCAAGCCGUAAAGAAAAGGUACCAGCUCACGUUGCCAGCUGUAGGUUUCAGGCAUGGCUGCAUUCGCAGCCGCAGACAAUGUUAACAGGACCUGAUUUUUCUCCAUCUCUUCUGCCUCAGCUAUGUGGCUUUCAUCCCUGUGUUCCACUUGUCAACAAGAGGUCAGCAGAAGCCCAAGCCCUUGCUUCCUUUAAGGCUUCCAGUCCACUGGGAAAAAGCAAAUUCACUUGCUUAAUCACUUAAUCCAAAGUCCCAGGAGGGAGCCUCCUGGCUCUGAGUAGCCUGACUCGGGCGGUGGGUCAGGCAUUGUGGCCGAGAGUGCCCUGGGCGACUUAAGUCUCGGUCACAUGUCAGUCCCCUGGAAGAGGGUCCAUCAGAACUCCGUGAACUAGAGGUGGUUUCCCAGACACAGACGAGCACAUGGCACAAAGGGAGAGUGAAGGGGGUGGAAGGCAGAAGCAACAGGUGUCCGCUGCGUCUGUCCUGCUUUCACAUUACAGGGCGAUGAGAGGUGAGACUGGGCAAGAGAAUCAGGAGAGGCUGGGAAGGGCCAGAAAGUAGAAAGAACCCUGUUGCUGGCGGGAAAUGGGGUUGGGAUGGUACCCUGGGGAGACAGGUGCUCCAAGACAGACCAAUGGUGGGACACAAGGCAGAGUGGCCAGGACCCAGGUUCCUCUUCCAGAAGCCACCUCUGAGAUCGACCUGGCCACUCCUCCCCCUAUACUUGAGGAUGAACCAGCCACAAGUCCCUGGAGACAUAAUGUCUUGAGCAUGUCAGCCUGAGUAACCCUUAUGGGAAAGAGGAAGCACAUGACCCCAAAGAGGAACCACAGACACAGUUUCCUUGAAGUCUCCUAUCUUUUCACAGUUAUAUGAAUAACUGUAUCAAGCUCCAUCACACCACUGUGUUACUUUCAGUAAGUUGUGAAUGACUUACCAGCUACUGUCCUUACCCCCGUUGGCUGGUAAAGGUGCAAAAUGGAUCUCGUGUUCACGUGCGGCUUCCAGGGCAAUGGCAAGCAGGCAGGCAGGGUCGGGACGCUGGGGAAUCUAAAGGAGUCCUGGAGACGGAGGCCCUCCCUGGACCUGGGCAAGCUCGACCCUGGUGCUAGCUGCUUCUGGGAGGGCUGGACUCCAGGUGGCCUGUGAGACAGAGGCCCCACCACAGAGCCCUCGGCAGGAAUGAGAGCUGCCGGGGUGGAGGGGCGUGGUGCGCACCCUCAGGCACUGAGUCUGCCGCUCCAGCCUGGGCCCCUCUCCCUCCACAGCGAUGGAUUGCUGGCUGCCAGCGGGGAUGCACAUCCCCGUAAAUGGAGCUGAUUUACUUAGAACAGUGGUCAAAGUACUAAGCACUUUGGUGCCUGCAGGCCAGGAGGGACCCCCUUAAAGGAAGGCCCUCCCACCUAUGUUCUUCCCACAGAUCCAUUCAAGAAACCUCUAAGUCAGCAGGGGAGGUGGUUGAGGCCCAUAUAGCUUACAGAGAAACUGAGGCCCAGGGAGGCAAGGACUCUGUCGCAGGGUGGGAGGGACGAGUUGGAAGAGAUGCUGAGAAUGUCCGAUUCUGGAGUCUCGCUGGACUCUCCUAUGGCCCUGGUGGAAACUGGCAUUCUCCUCCCCAGGCAGAGAUGGGGAAACUGGUGUGGGGUUGCCGGGGCCAGCAGCCACUGUUCUAAAGCCACAGACACAGAAGCUGCUGCCAGCCCAACACUUCCUCCCCGGAGGCCUUCACCCACCCUAACCCAUUAGGAGCUCCCACAACCUGUUUUGCCUGGCUGCUCCUAGACAUCCAUCACCCCACCUGCAUGUCUUCCCCUAGGUCAGCGUCCCUUCACACUGGCCUGACCCUGAUCCCAGGCCAGGGUUAGGGAGGGCAGAGGGGAAGCUUGGGCUUUCCCAUCCCUUCUCUCCGUCUUCCAGAGCCCGAGGGAGCCUGCUGGGGUCCUCGAGGGGCUCUCUUACUUCCUUAAACCUCCCCACCCUCAUCUCCAUCUUCCAGAGCCCGAGGGAGCCUGCUGGGGUCCUUGAGGGGCUCUCUUACUUCCUUAAACCUCCCCACCCUCAGCAGAUCUGGUAUAGCUUGAAUUAUUUAGAGACCGAAAAGGGGGCAGGCGAGGUCUGGGCAAGGAAGGCCACAGCCCCCUUCCCAGCCUGGUGACCCGGGGACUGAGCACAGGACGCUGGAAUGACAGGGCUGGAAAAUCAGCUAGACGUCUGGAUUCUUCCCAGGCCUGGCCCUGAGAACCAGAGGCCAGGAUCCAGCUCCACAUAACAGAGUAGUGGCAUGAGCUGGCCCCUCACCGGGGAAGCCGAGAGAGGGACAGAGGACGCUCAAGCCAAGCUGGAGAGUGGCCAAGUCCAGAGGCAGCUCCGGCCUCCAAGGGGACGCCCUCUUACCGCUGUCUGGGGCUGUGCCACCCACAAAGAGACGAAGCUGUCACAGCUGCAGCACUGUUGGGGGAGCCAGCAAGAAGCCGUGGCAGGGUCCUCAGGGCCCACCCAGGCUGGGACAAUGACAGCAGGUUGGGGGAGAUUCAGGUCAGGCUCCGGUUUCAGUCUGGGGUUGGAUUGGCCUGCACUGGGACUGGGACCUCCUCCAGGAGAGGUGCAGCGCAGGGAUGGGCCUGCUGCUCCUGAGUCUGUGGACGAGGCUAUCGGCCCUUCCUGUCUCUGUCCCCAGGGCGGCCAGGCGGCCAGGCUGCAGCAGGAGUGUGACUAUCUGCAGAUGAUCGAGGUGCAACAGAAGCAGUGCAUGGAGGAGGCCGAGCUGGAGAACGAGACAGCAGGCUGCGGCAAGAUGUGGGACAACCUCACCUGCUGGCCGGCCACCCCCCGGGGCCAGGUUGUUGUCUUGGCCUGUCCCCUCAUCUUCAAGCUCUUCUCCCCCAUUCAAGGCCGCAACGUGAGCCGCCGCUGCACUGAGGAAGGCUGGACACAGCUGGACCCCGGCCCCUACCCCGUCGCCUGUGGUUUGGAUGACAAGGCGGCGAGUUUGGAUGAGCAGCAGACCAUGUUCUUCGCUUCCGUGAAGACCGGGUACACCGUGGGCUAUAGCCUGUCCCUCGCCACCCUGCUGGUUGCCACGGCGAUCCUGAACCUGUUCAGGAAGCUCCACUGCACGAGGAACUACAUCCACACGCACCUGUUCGUCUCCUUCAUCCUGAGGGCCGCCGCCGUCUUCAUCAAGGACUUGGCCCUCUUCGAGAGCGGCGAGUCGGACCAGUGCUCCGAGGGCUCGGUGGGCUGUAAGGCAGCAAUGGUCUUCUUCCAAUACUGUGUCAUGGCCAACUUCUUCUGGCUGCUGGUGGAGGGGCUCUACCUGUACACCCUGCUCGCCGUCUCCUUCUUCUCCGAGCGGAAGUACUUCUGGGGGUACAUACUCAUCGGCUGGGGGGUGCCCAGCACGUUCACCACGGUGUGGGCCAUCGUCAGGAUCCAUUUUGAGGAUUACGGGUGCUGGGACAUCAUCGACUCCUCCCUGUGGUGGAUCAUAAAGGGCCCUAUCCUCACCUCCAUCCUGGUGAACUUCAUCCUGUUUAUUUGCAUCAUCCGAAUCCUGCUUCAGAAACUGCGGCCCCCAGAUAUCAGGAAGAGUGGCAGCAGUCCUUACUCGAGGCUGGCCAGGUCCACACUCCUGCUGAUCCCCCUGUUCGGAGUGCACUACAUCAUGUUCGCCUUCUUUCCUGACAAUUUUAAGGCUGAGGUGAAAAUGGUCUUUGAGCUCAUCGUGGGGUCUUUCCAGGGUUUCGUGGUGGCUAUCCUCUACUGCUUCCUCAAUGGCGAGGUGCAGGCGGAGCUGAGGCGGAAGUGGCGGCGCUGGCAUCUGCAGGGCGUCCUGGGCUGGAACCCCAAAUACCGGCCCCCAUCAGGAGGCAGCAACAGCGGCACGUGCAGCACGCAGGUCUCCAUGCUGACCCGCGUCAGCCCCGGGGCCCGCCGCUCCUCCAGCUUCCAAGCCGAAGUCUCCCUGGUCUGACCGCCAGGAUCCCGGGGCCCCUCCCACUCACCCCGGCAGACGCCGGGGACAGAGGCCUACUUGGGCGCGGCCAGCCCCAGCCCUGGGCUCGGAGGCUGCCCCCAGCCCUCUGGUCUCUGUUCCAGAGCUCCUACAGAGCGCAGCCCCUACAGAGCACAGCCCUGGUGCCUGCCUGGAGGUUUCUAGCAAGUAGGAGAGGCAGGGAGCUCCUCUCCCUGAGGGCUGCAGGUGGGAUUCAGCCACGACUCCUCCUCCAAAGCCCUCCACCAAUCACGGGCAAAGGCCUGCACACUUUCACCCUGACUCCGCCCCCUGCAGGUGGGACUCAGCCACCAGACUCCUCCUCCAAAGCCCCUCCACCAAUCACGGGCAAAGGCCUGCACACUUUCACCCUGACUCCGCCCCCUGCAGGUGGGACUCAGCCACGACUCCUCCUCCAAAGCCCUCCACCAAUCACGGGCAAAGGCCUGCAUACUUUCAUACUGACUCCGCCCCCUGCCAGCUCCUCUGCCCAAUCGGAGGAAAGCAACCUGAGAUCCUCGGACCAUGCUGCUGAGAUUCGAGGGCGGAAGGCUCUGCCCGGGAAGAUCACCGGCGCCAGCGCCAGGCAGUGCCUGAAAUUUCACCACUGCUGUGACUCAGGCAUUUCUCUGCAGAUGCAGCUCUCUGCCCUGUUGCCUCACGCUUAGCUACCAGCUCCUCAAGGCGCGUUAUUCUGGAGUUUUCGGGAAGCACAGCUGUCUUAGUGGUCGCCACCGAAGUGGAGUGGCCCGGGGUCAGUCUGGUGGGGGAACGAUGCCACCCAAGGCCGAGGGACUCUGAAGCCUCUGGGAAGGGAGGAGGCAGCCACCGGUGAACGCCAGGUCUCAGGCAGCCUACCUGCUCUCCAGUCCGAGCGGGAUCUUCGCACCAGCCUUACCCAUCCCUCUGCGCUGUGGAAGCAACAGAAAUCAAGAGCUGCCCUCCUUGGCCGCCCACCUAUGUGCCAGCUGUUGUAACCAGGCUCGGAGAUGUGUGCCCGUGGGCUCUGACAGCAGUUGCCUCCCCCUGCCACACACGCAGGAUUUGAACUCAGAUCUGGCUGACAGGAAACUGAAAGCACACUCACUAACUUUUGUAUUUAGUAACCAGCGGAUCCUCUCGGUUAUGUGUUCACUGCCGUUAUCCCUGAAUCCCCCUUCCUGCCCCACCCUCCCUGCAGUGUGGCCGAGGAGGCCUCCAGCCCAUGUAUCAUCUGGGCAGGAGCCUGCUGGCCACGGCCUCCUCUGCCUGCCCUUCACCCAGUGGCCACUCAAUUUCCUACCCACACCUCCGCCAGAGGAUCCCUCAGGGCUGCAACAGGCUGUGCAGCAAUAAAUGUUGGCUUGGUUUG